CAGAAGUAUGUAAAACAUUCUGUUCCAUAAUGCGAGAGGGUGUGAUCUCACUCAAUAAAAGACUGAACAAACUCUACAGCUUCAUUGUUUCAUCAGGAAAGUGUUUUCACACUAGUCUGACUACAACAGGGGAAGCGUUCUGUUUGUCACUGAACAUCAGAGGAUUCUAAACAGAGAAAUUUCAUGGCUUCAACGCUGUCUCUCCACCUCAUGUGCCCAGUGUGUUUGAGUGACUUCAACGAUCCAGUAAGUUUGCCCUGUCAGCAUGUUUUCUGCAAACAGUGUAUUACAAGUCAUUUGGAAUCAAUUGAAGGUGCUCACAAAUGCCCGGAAUGCAGACAAAUCUUCACCAGACAGGAUGUUAAAGGUAACCGAGUUCUGAGAAAUGUUGUGGAUGCCGUACAACAACAGCGCAAGACAAAACAGCAGACUCCAAGGACAGCACAAGAAUUGUUGUGUUCUGAGCAUGAAGAACAACUCAAACUUUUUUGUGAGAAUGAUCAGAGAUUGGUUUGCCUCAUCUGUAAGGAGGGAGAGAAACACCGUGGACAUGAUUUCAAGCCUGUAAAAGAAGCUAUGAAGAUCAGUGAGAAUGUGGUGAGAAAAGCAUUGAGAUUUAUUGUGGAGGACAAUAAACAAGUGGAUGACAUGAUCUUGAUCCAGGUGCUUGAAAUUACAAAAUCUAAGGAAAGGGCCAAAUGUCUUGAGGAAAAGAUGCAUGCUCAGUUUAACAAAAUGCAUGACUUCUUGAGGGAAAAGGAGAAAGAAAUUAUGAGACAGCUCCAGAAGGCAGCCAACAGUGCUGAGAAAUCAAUGCAGCAAAAUGCAUCAUUGUUGACAAAGUUGCAAAUAAAUGGAAAUAAUCAGGUGUCCGUGUUGGAGUCAGGACUAACAAUAUGCCAACCUGAGACGUUUUUACAGUGGUGGAGUGAAGAAGGUUUCCCUUUGGUUGAUAAAAUCACACUCAGUGAGAACAAAGGCAUCGAGUCUGCCUUGGCAUCCAAAUUUAAAUCAAGACUUGAUGGUGCUAAAGUGAUUUAUGACCACUUCACCCUUGGCCCUUAUGAAACUGACCUGCCACUAAUAGUUUGGAGAGACAUGCUAGGCCCUGUCAAACAUGACCUAUCAGAUACGUCUACAAUAGACAAAGAUCUGAAACUGGCAAUCAGAAAAGACAGCCAUCUGCAGUCUCAAGGGGAAGAUUACUUUGCUAAAUUUCAAAACUUUCACAACGGUUAUAAGGACAAUUAUGUGGAGAACAUACAACCUGGUCAGAUGUACUGGGAGGUUGACAUAGGAGUUGAACCAGGAUGGGAACGUGGACUUACAGUUAGAUAUUACCCAAAGGAGAAGAAUAGUUCUCUCUGGCAGACAUUAUUUUCUAAAUAUUUUGAGAACAUAUCUCUUUCAGUGAAAAAUGACCGAUUUUAUGCUGUAAGGGGCAGUGAAGAAACCCUAAUCGUCAGCCAGAUUAUACCCAGGAGAGUUGGGGUUUAUGUAGACAGUGAGAAACGUCAGGUUGUGUUUUGCAAUGCAGACAAAAUGUCUCUCAUUCACACAGUGUGUUGUGGAGAUGAAUAGAUUUAUCUAUAAAUCAAAUCUUCUGUUUGUACACCUGCUUUGGAUUUCUGAGAAUCUGAAAAAUGGUUUGGUUAUCCUAUUCAUUUUUGUAUAAAUUAUUGUUAUAAAUAUGAUGUUUUGAUUUCUAAAAAAAAAAAAAAAGAAAGAAAAUUUAAAUGAAUAAAUAUAAUUUGAAGUGGUAUUUUAUUUCUAUCAUGUAUAAGCCAUAAAGCUUAUAGUAUGAUUAUGAAUAGGGGAUUUGUGAUAUGAUGUUGUAUUUCAUAGUUGAACUGUAUUUGAGAGUGUGAUUUUUUUAUAUGUAUAUAUAAAUGUGUGUAGAAAUGUACUGUGAAAGAGACCUUGCUCUGACAAAUGCUCCUGUAUUAACUGGCAUAUUCAAAAAUGAAAAGGGACGCAACUGACACUGAUAGGUCACAUGAUAAUGACAACAUGGCGAAGUACAUCCGAAUUAAAUUCAAACUACACACAUUCACACUAUAUAGAGCAUACUUUUUUAGCGGUCUUGAAGUAAUUACAUAUUGCUACUCCUAAGUAUACUCAAGAGAGUAUGCGAUUUCGGAUGCAUCCCCAGAGUGUCAUGUUCUGGUUUAUUUUCUGUUCCUGGGACUCUUACGAGUUUGUUUCCUGUUUCCUUUGUUCUCUUGUACUGGUUUGUUGCUGUGGUUACUGAUUAUGUUGUUCACCUGUUUCUUGUUUAGUUCCAUUUGAUCCUGUAUAUUUAUACUCGGUUGAAUUUGCGGUUGUCUGCUUAAUUUCCUGUGCUGUGCUCCUGCUGCCCAGUUUUGUUUUAUUCAUUUAAUAAAUCUGCUGCGAUUAGA